CGUGACCAUAGCUCAUGCUAAUUAUGCUUCUAAUUAUAUCAACAGUAAUAGAUCCUUAAGCUUCGAUAUUCACUGGUAUCGCAGACGCGACAGUUACAUCAUAUUUGUACCCCUAUGUCAUAAACAACAUGUUACGUAACUCUAAUAUGAUGCCCAUACUUGCACCAUGUAGCAUACAAUGUCACUAUACACCAUACACUGUAUCACUCAUGCAUAGAUAACAUAUUAUUACAAAAACAUUAAAUUAUAAUGUAUUUGUUUACAAAGAAGUCGGUAAAAUGUGGAUGACAGUUAAAAAACAUUGAUGAAAGCACCUAGCUAAUAGCUAUCCUAAUUACGUAAGAAUACCGAUAUUGCGUGAAGUGAGUAAAAAAGGUACAUAGUUACAACGCUGAGAGUACCAGGAUUAGGAGAGUUGUUCAAAACUAACCUAAAAUUGGCAAAUGCUCUCCCGUUUCCGAGGUGAAUGAACCGUUGAGUCAUACAUAACCCGUACCUAGAUGAUAAUAUGCGAUUUCUUAAUAUAAAUUGUGAUUUUUAAAAUUUUCUUUUUAUAUCAUUCCUGCGUGUAGCUUAGUAUCAGAGCAAAAACUUAAAACAACACUAAAUAUAAAAUAAAAAAUGGAUGUUUAUUUUUGCUUUUUCCAACAACGUAAGCACUAAAUCGAUUUAUUUACAUGUGCUUACAUUAUUUUCAAAAUUAAAAUAUAAAAAUAUUUGGGUGGCUACCAAUCAUCUCUCUUCAUAAUCCACAGACCCAUCUUGUUCAUAAUUUCGUUUGCUUUAUUCAUACUUAAAUACAUAGAAUUAUAAUAAAAACAAAAAUAAUUAUGUUUCAAAACUAUUGCUGUAGAUAUUUUAAAAUCAUGAUAGUUUAUUGCCCACUGUCAAACUAUUUUUUUUUUAUUUGAUGAAAUGAAGUCAAUAAAUAACAACAUAUUUUGUUUGCUUUUUUUUUUAAAUUUAAUACGAGUUUGUCCCGUUUUAGCAAUAAUGAUAAUAGGUAAUUUUAAAAUAUAAAAACAAAUAAAAUUACCUAUACAUUUGUUAAGAGUAAUAUAUUAAAAGUUAUGUAGUUACCUAAUCGAUUUAUUUAAAAUAUAUCGCAAAUUAAGAUCUCAAACUAUCAUUUUACCGAAUUCCGCACAAACAACGGAUUCGGGGAUUAAAAAGAUCCUGUUUUUAAAAUCAAAUACAUUCGAAAUUAGAAUUCUAUGCAAAAAAAUAAAUAUUUGAUUUAAAAUAGCCAGUACGGCAGAACGACAAUUGACAACAUUUCAAAUUUUUAACAUGCAUGUAUUAUUAUGUUAUAUAAAAGUAAAUCGAAAACAAGGGUACCCAUAUUUUUUCAUUUUUCGAAAUUAUGUACUUUUCAUUCAUAAUUUCGAGUUUGAAAUUCAGUGUAUUCUAAAAAGACGUAAGCGCCAAAUUACGGUUGAAUGGCGAUAAUACCUUUGCCUCACUGAGAUGCGUAAAAAAGCCUAAACAUAGACGUCUAAUCAGUGUUGUCAACCUUAAUUUUAGAAAAUUUGUAGAAUAUGUGACAGAAAUCGGUAGAAGUUGGUAGAUUCAGAGAUUAAAAAUAGGUAGAUCUACCACCUUAAUUUAAUAGGAUUGUUUCGUUAAAAAUACAUACAUACAUACAUAUCGUCACACCUUAAAUGUCCGAAGGGGUAGGCAGAGGUGCAUAUCAUGGCACGUAAUACCACUGUGUUCACCCACUUUUCACAAUUUAUAUUGUAAGUCCCAUGUAAUAGGUGGUGAGCCUAUUGCCAUAUACCGGGCACAUUUCCAGACUCCGUGCCACUGAGAAAAGCCGAAAAAAACCCAGUAAUAAUUCGCCCGACCCGGGAAUCGAACCCCGAGACCCCUUGCCCGGCAGUCGCACUUGCAACCACUCGGCCUUGUGCUUAAGCAUAUCCUUAUUAAAAAGUUUUGGAUGAUUACUACACCAAAUUCAACUCAAUAUUAUGAUGUAAUGCUAACAAAUAGCUCAAAUGCUAAAAAUGAUACACAUUUAUGUGUCAAAAAUUAUGAAAAUAAGAAAAUAAAAAGAUACAUUAGAAUAUUUUGAAAAAUAGGUAGAUUUGAGGAUUAAGUUGGUAGACAGGUAGACUGAGGGCAAAGUUGGUAGAUCUACCUAAAAGUUGGUAGAUGUGGCAACACUGCGUCUAAUGUAUCUAUUGUCAUUGAGAACUUUCAAACUCGUUGGCGAGCUUGUGAUUGUGUGAUUACAAAUUUUGUUAUUUUUGUGUUGUUAUCCUCAUUACUAACUCAUCAUGAAAGUUUCGGAAGGAUUCCUAGUUGCCGAUAGCAGAAACUUGCCGAAAGUUGACUAUAUAAUGCUAUUGCAAUAUAUGCACGAAAAUGAUUGCUAUAAUAUUGCAGAAACACGUAGUGCCAAAGCAUUACUAGCGUCACGUGAAGCAUACGUAGACACAGCUGUAGGAUACGUAGAAGUCAAGCGAGACGGAAACUUAUGCACUGUUAAAUGCAGGGUAACACCGGAACAUAAGGUAAAAGCUAGGCUUUAUCAGGUUACAGCUGUAAUCGAUGAAUCUCUUGAGAAGAUUAUCACAGUGGAAUGCAAUGACUGUGUAGCUUCUGCAGGAGGCUGCAAGCACGCCAUAUGCUUUACCAUGUGGCUGAUAAAACGGUCAGAUGAACCAUCGACUACAUCUACUCACUGUUAUUGGACUAAACCAAAACUAGCUGGAGCUGUAAGUCACCAGAACUUCAUCUUGGCAAAAAACAUUGGCAAAAAGAAGAGAACUCCAGAUAAUGUGGACAUGACUGUUAGUAUUGGCAUGUUUUCGGAAGAAUGUAAGAAACGUAAAGUUGUAACAGGAAUGAUUUUAAAUUACUGUGGAAAUCAACAGCCCCAGUUAAAUGACUGUAGUGUGUUCAAUUUAGUGCUGCAGUUUAUACACCAAGUAGAUGAUCACUGUUACAACAAUUUUAAAUCUUUUUCUGCAAGUAAACUUACUGUAGAUGUACUUGAAUCGAUUGCUGAAGCUACAAAAUCUCAAGCUGACUCUAAAUUGUGGCAUUCUAUGCGUCAAGGGAGAGUCACAGGGUCCAAGAUCUAUGAAGCUAUUCACUGUAAAACAGAGAAUGGUGCCUUAGUACAAAGCAUUCUCGGAGGUUACAAGGUGCCAGAAACAAAAGCCAUCAGAAGGGGCAAAGUGUUAGAAAAAGAAGUAGUCAAGGAGUUAGAAAAAGAAUUCGGAGCAAUUCAACACACAGGGUUGAUUUUAAUAUCCCCUAUCAUUGGAGUAUCACCUGAUGGGAUUUGUAGCGACUUUGUGAUCGAAAUAAAAUGCCCUAUAAGUGAGAAUACAAUAAAAAAUUAUGUGAGAGAUGGUAUACUAGGUGAAAAAUAUAAAGCGCAGAUUAUGGUUCAAAUGCAUGCUGCAAAAAAAUUAAAAGGACUGUUUUGUAUUGCUGAUCCUACUUUUGAACAAACUAAACUCCUACAUAAGUACUGGGUAGAUUAUGAUAAAAAGUAUGUGACAGGUUUAUUAGAUAGAGCUGAAGAAUUUUGGAAACAAUUUAUUUUUAAAACAGUUUUACAAAGUGCUAAAUAAAAAUCAGUAUAAAUCGUAUUUGCAUCUUUUAUUUUUUUGGGUAGUCUACAAUGAUUUAAUCAAUCAAAAUACAAUUUACAGACAAUAAUAGAUAUUAAGACUAUGCUAUAUAGAUAUACAUUAUACACUUAGGUCAAAGUCAAAAUUAUUUAUUUCAAAUAAAUCAGGAAGGCACUUUUGAACGUCAAAGCAAAUAUAAGAAUAUUAAUAACGUCUGUCUGUCAGUCAGUCCUCUAGUGAAGCUAUUUGCUUGUUCCAAAGUGUAGAUUCCUAUGGAGAAGAACGAGCAAGAAACUCCAUUAUUGGAAUUACUUUAUUUUUUCGUAACCCUGUGGAGCUGGACCAGCCUGCUUCCAAGCAUUUUUAUCCUCUAUAUAAUCAUUCAAUUUGUAGUAUGCUAAUCUACACAUCGUUUUUUUAAUACAUAAUUUAAAUUGUCUUUCAUUUAGGUGUUUUAUUUCCUCUGGAAUUUUGUUAUAACACUUAACACAGGAUCCCAUGAACGAACAUAAUAUUUUUAUAGAUAAAUUGACAUGAAACUUCUAUUGAAAUGUCAGAAAUCUCAUCAGAAAUCUACACUAAAACUAAUUCAGACCCAGGAUUGUGAAAUACCUACUCUCACGAUACGAGAUAAGGAGUGAGGCACGAGUAAGGCAUUAUAUAAAC